GCCCUCUUCAGAUAAAACAGACAUUAGUGCAAAUCCUCCAAAUGAGUUGAAAUUGGUUGCAAUAAACUUCAAGUUCACAGGUAACGAUGUUUUGGUAUAAACAAAAUCGUCCCCGAACAACAGGUACCCAAUGAGUUACCUAUAAAACAUCAGAACUCUCCAGCAACCGCAUCAUCAAAGUUUCCGUGCUCUUUAGCAGAUAAAGAUGCUUCCCUUCGACAGCAACGAUCAGCACAUCUUCAAGCUGCUCAUCAUCGGUGACAGCGGAGUCGGCAAGUCAUCGCUACUGCUUCGCUACGCGGAUUGCAAAUUCCCCCAGCAGCAUCUGAUCACGAUCGGAGUGGAUUUUAAAAUUCGAACCGUCACGAUCAAUGGCGAACGGGUCAAGCUGCAAAUCUGGGACACAGCAGGCCAGGAGCGGUUUCGGCUAAUCACGAGCAGCUACUACCGAGGGGCGCACGGAGUGGUGGUGAUGUAUGACGUAACGUGCUUGCGGUCGUUUAACCAUGUCAAACAUUGGCUGGAGGAGGUGGAGUCGAACUGCGGUGAGGUGUGCCGGCUGCUGGUGGGGAACAAGAACGAUAACCCCCAGCUGAAGAAGGUACCGUCGAGGGAUGCCAAGAGGUUUGCCGACCGGUAUGGGAUGGAGUUUAUUGAGACGUCUGCCAAGGAAUGCUUCAAUGUGGAGAAGGUGUUUACGACGAUUGCAAGGUUGAUGUUAGGGCAGAAGGCGCGAGAACAGGGGAGGGAGUGGGUUUAUGUCGAAGAUGAAUCUAUCAUUCUGAAUGACCCCAGGAUCGAAGACAUCCGGAAGCAAGGACUGUGUUGUUGA